CAAGGUAGAAACUCCAGCCGCGUUCGCAUCCCGCACCCCACCCUCUCCCCAGCGCUGGGCGCUUCUGCUUUCUUUGUUCCCUGAAGAGAACCUGGCUGCUGUUCGAGAGGACAAGACCGCCGAGAUCCACUUGUCACAAUGAAGGCCGUUGCUGUGCUUGCACCUGGCAUCCUUGUGCUGUUGGUUACCUUGGUGCAGAGGAGCACUGGGGAGUGUAAAGAAGCCUUAGUCAAGUCUGAGAUGAAUGUGAACAUGAAGUACCAGCUUCCCAACUUCACGACAGAAAUGCCCAUCCAGAAUGUUGUUCUGCAUGGGCAUCAUAUUUACCUCGGGGCCACUAACUACAUUUAUGUUUUGAAUGACAAAGACCUUCAGAAGGUGGCUGAAUACAAGACUGGGCCUGUAUUGGAACACCCAGAUUGUUUUCCAUGUCAAGACUGCAGCAGCAAAGCCAAUUUAUCAGGGGGCAUUUGGAAAGAUAAUAUCAACAUGGCUUUGCUUGUGGACACAUACUAUGAUGACCAGCUCAUUAGCUGUGGUAGCGUCCACAGAGGGACCUGCCAGCGACAUGUCCUUCCACCUAAGAACACUGCGGACAUACAAUCAGAGGUCCAUUGCAUGUUCUCCCCACAAGUGGAUGAAGAGCCCAGCCAGUGUCCAGACUGUGUGGUGAGCCCCUUGGGAGCCAAAGUUCUCCUGUCUGUAAAGGACAGGUUCAUCAACUUCUUUGUGGGCAAUACUUUAAAUUCUUCUUACCUUCCCGAUCAUUCACUGCAUUCUAUAUCAGUUAGGAGACUAAAGGAAACUCAAGAUGGUUUUAAGUUCUUGACAGACCAGUCCUACAUUGACGUUUUGCCCGAGUUUCGAGAUUCUUAUCCCAUUAAGUACAUACACGCCUUUGAAAGUAACCAUUUUAUUUACUUUCUGACGGUUCAAAAGGAAACCCUGGAUGCUCAGACUUUUCACACGAGAAUAAUCAGGUUCUGCUCUGUAGACUCUGGAUUGCACUCCUACAUGGAAAUGCCUCUGGAGUGCAUUCUCACAGAAAAGAGAAGAAAGAGAUCCACAAGGGAAGAAGUGUUUAAUAUCCUUCAAGCUGCAUAUAUCAGUAAGCCUGGGGCCAAUCUUGCAAAGCAAAUAGGAGCCAGCCCGAAUGAUGACAUUCUGUAUGGGGUGUUUGCACAAAGCAAGCCAGAUUCUGCUGAACCAAUGAAUCGAUCUGCCGUCUGUGCAUUCCCUAUCAAAUAUGUCAAUGAAUUCUUCAACAAGAUUGUCAACAAAAACAAUGUGAGAUGUCUCCAACAUUUUUAUGGACCCAACCAUGAGCACUGCUUUAAUAGGACGCUUCUGAGAAAUUCGUCAGGCUGUGAAGUGCGCAGUGAUGAAUAUCGAACAGAGUUUACCACAGCUUUGCAGCGUGUUGACUUAUUCAUGGGCCAGUUCAACCAGGUGCUUUUAACAUCCAUCUCUACCUUCAUUAAAGGAGACCUCACCAUCGCUAAUCUUGGGACAUCAGAGGGUCGUUUCAUGCAGGUUGUGGUUUCUCGAACAGUAUCAUUCACCCCCCAUGUGAAUUUUCAACUGGAUUCCCACCCUGUAUCUCCAGAAGUGAUUGUAGAGCACCCACUGAACCAAGAUGGCUACACUCUGGUUGUCACUGGGAAGAAGAUCACCAAGAUCCCCCUGAAUGGCUUGGGCUGUGGACAUUUCCAAUCCUGCAGUCAGUGUCUAUCUGCCCCUUCCUUUGUGCAGUGUGGAUGGUGCCAUGAUCAGUGUGUGCGGUCAGAUGAAUGCCCCAGUGGGACAUGGACUCAGGAGACCUGUCUGCCAGCAAUCUAUAAGGUUUUCCCAACUAGUGCACCUCUUGAAGGAGGGACAAUGCUGACCAUAUGUGGCUGGGACUUUGGAUUCAAGAGAAAUAAUAAAUUUGAUUUAAGGAAAACCAAAGUUCUCCUUGGCAACGAAAGCUGUACCUUGACCCUGAGCGAGAGCACCACAAAUAUGUUGAAAUGCACAGUUGGUCCAGCAAUGAAUGAGCACUUCAAUAUGUCUAUAAUUAUUUCAAAUGGUCGAGGAGCAACCCAGUACAGUACAUUUUCUUAUGUAGAUCCUAUAAUAACAAGUAUUUCUCCAAGUUAUGGUCCUAAGGCUGGAGGCACUUUACUUACUUUAACUGGAAAAUACCUAAACAGUGGAAACUCUAGACACAUUUCCAUUGGUGGAAAAACAUGCACUUUAAAAAGUGUGUCAAAUACUGUUCUUGAAUGUUAUACCCCAGCCCAAACCAUUUCAGCAGAAUUUCCUGUUAAACUGAAAAUAGACUUAGCCAACCGAGAGACCAGCAGCUUCAGUUACCGGGAAGAUCCUGUUGUCUAUGAAAUUCACCCUACCAAAUCCUUUGUAAGUGGCGGAAGUACAAUAACAGGUAUUGGAAGAAAUCUGAAUUCAGUUAGUGUUUCAAAGCUGGUAAUAAGUGUGUAUGAAGCUGGAAGGAACUACACAGUGGCAUGUCCACACCGCUCUAAUUUGGAGAUCAUCUGCUGCACCACUCCUUCACUGCAGCAGCUGAAUCUGCAACUCCCCCUGAAGACCAAAGCCUUUUUCAUGUUAGAUGGGAUCCUUUCCAAAAACUUUGAUCUCAUUUAUGUACAUAAUCCUGUGUUUAAGCCUUUUGAAAAGCCAGUGAUGAUCUCAAUGGGCAAUGAAAAUGUACUCGAAAUUAAGGGAAAUGAUAUUGAUCCUGAAGCAGUUAAAGGUGGAGUGUUAAGAGUUGGAAAUAAGAGCUGUGAGAAUAUACACUCACAUUCUGAAGCCGUCUUAUGUACAGUCCCCAAUGACCUGCUGAAAUUGAACAGUGAGCUAAAUAUAGAGUGGAAACAAGCAGUCUCUUCAACUGUCCUUGGAAAAGUGAUAGUUCAACCAGAUCAGAAUUUCACAGGAUUGAUUGUUGGUGUUGCCUCAAUAUCAAUAAUACUCUUACUAGUAUUCGGACUUUUCUUGUGGAUGAAAAAGAGAAAGCAAAUUAAAGAUCUUGGCAGUGAAUUAGUUCGCUAUGAUGCAAGAGUCCACACUCCUCAUUUGGACAGGCUUGUAAGUGCGCGAAGUGUAAGCCCAACUACAGAAAUGGUUUCCGAUGCAUCUGUAGACUACCGAGCCACUUUUCCAGAAGAACAAUUUCCUAACUCCUCCCAGAAUGGGUCAUGCAGACAAGCACAGUAUCCUCUGACAGACUUGUCCCCCAUCCUCAAUAGUGGAGACUCUGAUAUAUCUAGUCCAUUACUGCAAAAUACUGUCCACAUUGACCUCAGUGCUCUAAAUCCAGAGUUGGUCCAAGCAGUCCAGCAUGUGGUGAUUGGGCCUAGCAGUCUGAUUGUGCAUUUCAAUGAAGUCAUAGGAAGAGGGCAUUUUGGCUGUGUUUAUCAUGGGACCUUGUUAGACAAUGAUGGCAAGAAAAUUCACUGUGCAGUGAAAUCCUUGAAUAGAAUCACGGACAUAGGAGAAGUUUCCCAGUUUCUGACGGAGGGAAUCAUCAUGAAAGAUUUCAGCCAUGCUAAUGUUCUCUCGCUCUUGGGAAUCUGCCUUCGAAGUGAAGGGUCUCCACUUGUGGUGUUACCUUUCAUGAAACAUGGAGAUCUUCGGAAUUUCAUUAGAAAUGAGACUCAUAACCCAACUGUAAAAGACCUUAUAGGCUUUGGUCUCCAAGUAGCCAAAGGCAUGAAGUAUCUUGCAAGCAAAAAGUUUGUCCACAGAGACUUGGCUGCAAGAAACUGUAUGUUGGAUGAAAAAUUCACUGUCAAGGUUGCUGAUUUUGGUCUUGCCAGAGAUAUGUAUGAUAAAGAAUACUACAGCGUACACAAUAAAACAGGCGCAAAACUGCCAGUGAAGUGGAUGGCCUUGGAAAGCCUGCAAACCCAGAAGUUUACCACCAAAUCAGAUGUGUGGUCUUUUGGUGUGCUUCUCUGGGAGCUGAUGACGAGAGGAGCGCCCCCUUACCCGGAUGUGAACACCUUUGAUAUCACUAUUUACUUGCUGCAAGGCAGAAGGCUCUUACAACCGGAAUACUGCCCAGACCCUUUGUAUGAAGUAAUGCUAAAAUGCUGGCAUCCCAAAGCUGAAAUGCGCCCAUCCUUUUCUGAGCUGGUCUCCAGGAUAUCAGCAAUCUUCUCCACUUUCAUCGGCGAGCACUACGUUCAUGUGAACGCUACUUAUGUGAACAUAAAAUGUGUUGCUCCGUAUCCUUCUCUGCUGUCAUCACAAGAUAACAUUGAUGGAGAGGUGGACACAUGAGGCCUGGGUGCUCCACCAGCACCCCCUCCCCUCGGAAAAACAUCAUUGUACUAGCAUGAAGCAGAAUUCAUGCUUUCUUCAACAGUUUUCACUGCCUGGCCUUCGAAAGGUCAUCCAAUAGAUUUUGCUUUUGCCAAAAUGGCACUAGUGUGGGACUUUAUAUUGGUCAUACUAAGGAACUUUUGAGCUGACAAAGCCUCAGAACUACAGGAGGCUUUGUCCACAGGUGAGUGGGGGCCGAGAGCUGUGACAACACUCCUGUCAGACCGGAGUCCAAAAGCUGAAUUCUGGGUUGUGAUUCUUAAACUCAAGCAGAGUCCCACUUGAGUUCACAUGAGGAUCUGGUGUAAUGAAUUCAGAAAACACAGAAAAGGUGGUCUCAUCCAGGACAGCUGUGGCAGCCCCACCAGCAGGACACUCAUUCAGAAUUCCAGUGUUUCGAAGAACUUUUGUGGGUUAUAGUGUCAUGAAUCUUUUCUUUAUUGCUAUUUCACUCACCCCUUUAUCAGACAUUCCUUUUUAAAUUUUUGUAUACACAUUCCUUUGGUUGAAGGAAAUCCAUAGACGAUGCACUCAAAGUUUCAAAAUAGCAUGACCUAAGUGUGCUUAUAAAGUAACAGGGAUAUUUAUGUAUUGUACAUAGAUGACAUUAAAAAUCCAUAAUAUAGCUGGGAGCAGUUUUAGUUCCUCGGCCAAAUAUUUACUUGUCAUUUAAAAAUCAACCAUUGUAGAAUGAUACCGUCUCAGUCUAAUGAAUGUGACCAUUUAGACAUUGUGACUAUGGGUUUUUUUUUCUGCUCUUCAUAAAUGACAAGUUUGAAACUAAACAAUUUUUGAUGAUAAAUAUUUUUAAAGGUAAUUCAGCAUGUUUCUAAAGCAGACUACAACCAACUGAGAGAAUCACUGUUCCAGGCAAGGUUCAUGUGUAGAACAAGAAAAAGGUUAAUGGGCUAGAAAUAGUUACUGCUUCAGAUGGUAGCUACCCACUUCAUAAACAACUGGAAACCAAACUUUUA